GGUUAUAUAACCCACCAAGUUUAUGCCACAAGUUUAGUUUUCUGAGGGGAGAAGAUCAGCACGUAGACACAGAACAGAGAGUAUUUAGAGAUCGGCCGUGUGUUUGUGUGUGUGUGUUCAGUGUGUGUUUUGUCACUGACACGAAAUAUCCAACAGAGAAAAAUGUCUUUGGUGGGAAUCUUUGGGAAAAAUGGAUCUGAAACUCCAGAGUCGGUGAAAGCUGAAGUUACAGGUGAGUGUCUCUUUUUUUUCAGAUUUCAUUACUUCUGUCAUCUGCAUGUUUUUAAGUCUGAAUGAGCAGCAAAUAGACUUUCAUAGUUCAUAGUUCACUUUACAUCCUCAUGACUGGAACAAACAAAUGAAAUACAAUUCAACUCUCAUGGAUUCUGAUUUUAGUGGGUUAAUGAUGUGUCUGACCUUUGACCUGCAGGCUCCAUCCCACCCUGGCUGAAGGGCACACUGCUCAGGAACGGGCCAGGCCUUUUUUCUGUGGGCGACUCCGAGUACAACCACUGGUUUGAUGGCAUGGCGCUCAUUCAUAGCUUCACCUUCGUCAACGGUGAGUCUUCACCCUUCUACUUAUUAAACCUCCAGCACAGAUCAGGUACCUGCUGCAGGUGUUCACAGCUGUGAUCUGGUUUCAGGUGAGGUGACCUACAGGAGUAAGUUCCUGAGGAGCGAAACCUACAAAAAGAACAUGAAGGCUGAAAAGAUUGUGGUCUCUGAGUUUGGGACCAUGAGCUAUCCGGAUCCCUGCAAGAAUAUCUUCUCCAGGUACAGUCCAAACACAGCAGGUGCUUCAACCAGUGAAUUAGUCCAAUAAUAACUCCUCUGAAAUGCCCCAAACAUCUAGAAAUUUGAGAACAUAAAAAGGGAAAUACUGCGAUUUACGAGGGGUAAAAUUCCUGCAUUUAAGUGGAGAUGUAAAAGCAGCUGAAGCCGACCAGGGACAUAAAGUUUUUUUUUAAUAUCAUUCAGUGUUGUAGAGAUCUGUUUCAGUCCAUGCAAAGUAAGGAGAUAUCUGUUUGGGAUGCAUGCUCCUCUUUUGACGGUGUAGAAAUCGACCUUUGUCCAUUUCAGGGGUGUUAAGCUCUACUUAAGUCCAUCUCAGGUGCAUAGAGAUGUAUUUCGGUCCAUCCAAGGGGGGCAGAGAUCUGUUCUCUCGCCUCUAUUCAAAGUCUGUGUUGGUCCAACCAGAUCUUUGUGCAUCUCUGAGAUAUAAAGUUCUCCACCGAUCUGGAUACAGGGAGGGCAGAAGUGUUUGGACUUUAUCUUGAGUUUAAUUUGCCAAAGACAGGCGCAGACUUUAAGUUCAUCUGGGAUUUGGAGGACCCUGAAACGGUCCAAAAGAAGAUAAAAAGAGCUGUUAUCGUCUUUGAAAGUAAUGCUGAGAUCAGUUUCAGUCAAUCUAGGUCCUGCAAAGAUCAAAUCUGAUUUUUCCUGGACAAGAAAAGAUGACAUGACAUGUAGAAAUCAGAUUUAGGAUUAAAAAAAGACAGAUUGUUUUUUUCCCGAUAAUGCAAGGUCCUGUCUCAGUAACUUCUCUCUUCUGCUCUUCAGGAUGUUCACACACCUCUCUAAUGUCAUCCCUGACUUCACUGACAACAACCUGAUCAACAUCAUCCGCUACGGUCAGGACUACUACACCGCCUCCGAGAUCAACUACAUAAACCAGAUCGAUCCUGCCACCCUGGACACUGUGGGCAGGGUGAGUUGGUCUCCAUCCAUAUCUUCAUAUCAACAAGAGUGUUCAUAAAUCUGCAAACUCAUCUCUCUUACUGCCAAACUCCAGGUAAACUACAGGAACCAUAUCGCCAUAAACCUCGCCACAGCUCACCCUCACUAUGACAACGAGGGAAACACCUACAACAUGGGCACCGCCAUCAUGGGCUUCGGCCGGCCAAAGUACGUCAUCUUCAAGGUGCCAGCAGACGCUUCAGGUACGUGUGCACGACCAAGUUCACGGUUAUCACGUGAGAGAGGAAUCGGCCAUCUAAGGAGGCCAUGACAGAUGAGACAGCGAGCCAAGUCUUGACGUCACUGAUCAUUUACAGUCAUAAAUUCAUUGUGCCAGAACUCCAGUUUUACUGCCAAGGGGUAAUUGAUUUACUGUAUGUCUGUGUUAAGCUGACCUGAGACUAGACUCGAUAACAAUCUCAGUGUCCUACAAAAAAAAAAACUGGCAAAGCAUCAAACUGGGACAGACAUCUUUAUCAUAAACCACCAUCUUUAUGGUGCUGCAAGAAAACCAGAUACAGGGCGACUCGUUUUGGAAUCAAAGGAUGACUUCAUGACGCUACAAGGCGAACAUUGACUGUACUGAGUUUUUUUUGUUCCAGAUAACGGGAACAAGAAGCCACUGAAGAAAGUCCAGCAGGUCUGCGCGAUACCGUUUCGGUCCUCACUGUACCCUAGCUACUUCCACAGCUUCGGUUUGACUGAAAACUACAUCGUGUUUGUGGAGCAGCCUUUCAAAAUGGACAUCCUGAAACUGGCCACCGCUUAUUUCCGAGGGGAUAACUGGGGGAACUGUCUCAAAUUCGAUGAGAAGGACUUUGUAAGUCUCCACUGUCACUCGCUGCUGAUAGAAACAUUUCUAAAAGAUGAAAAUCUGUCCUCAAACUUUCUGUCUCCUCCCUAGACUUGGAUCAACCUCAUCAACAGACAUACAGGAAAGGCGGUGUCCACUCGUUUCUACGGUGACGGCUUCGUGGUUUUCCACCACAUUAACGCAUACGAAGAUGGGGAUCACGUGGUGUUUGACCUGAUCUGCUAUACAGACAGCAACCUGUAUGACCUUUUCUACCUGAAGAACAUGAGGCUACAGGGUGACGACUUCACCGAGGCCAACAAGGUCUUCUGCCCGCCUAUCUGCAAGAGGUUCGUCCUGCCACUCAACGUGCAGCGGGUACAGUUCGACUAACUGCAGAAUCAAACUAUUUUCAGCGUCCAUUUUUGAACUCUGUCUGAGAAGUUUGGGUGAUUGUGUCUCCUCCAGGAUUCUCCGAAAGGGAUAAACUUGGUGACCCUGAAAGACACGACAGCUCAGGCAGUGAUCCAGGAGAACGGUUCUGUCUACUGCCAGCCAGAUACUCUGUUUGAAGGUAAGCUAUCUUCCCCCGUCUGUGUCUUUGGUUAAAACUGUGUUUACUCUUCAGCUGAAGCGUCUCACUCCUCCUCAGGUAUGGAGCUACCAGGGAUCAACUACAAAUUCAACGCCAGAAGUUACAGAUACUUUUACGGCUCCAGGGUGGAGUAUUCUCCUCAUCCCAACAAGGUCAAACACCUCACACGUCUCUUCAGCUUUAUUAGCUUUGGGAUACUUUGUGUACUGCUGAUUCGGCCGUUUAAAAUCCUCUUGAUCCCCAGAGGAGGAACCACGCAGACUCUGGUUGAACUUGAUAGUUAUGUGCCAAACAUCUUAAACAAAUCAUCUUUCCUGUCCAACAGAUCGCCAAGGUUGACAUCCUCACAAGGACUCAUCUUCUGUGGGAGCAGGAUAACUGCUUCCCUUCAGAGCCGGUCUUUGUCGAGUCUCCAGGCGCCACUGAGGAGGAUGAUGGUGAGAGUUUGUCUUUUUUUAGCUGCAGAGGGCCAUUCCCUCUUUAUUUUUCUCUGACAGUUUGAAUGUUUCCUCUUUCAGGAGUGAUCUUAUCAUCUGUCAUCUCCUUGGAUCCACAAGUCUCUCCGUUCAUGAUCGUCCUCAACGCCAAAGACAUGAAGGAGAUCGCUCGUGCCACCAUCCCCACCAGCGUCCACAUGGACCUUCACGGACAUUUUAUCCCUGCCUCAGUCUGAACGCUGAAAUACAGCAUCCAUUAUUUAUUUUUGUGUUUUCUGUGAUAUUUUAACUCUGUAAUGUUUAGCUGUAACUAAAACUUCAUGCACUUAUUCACUUAUCCUACAUGAUAUAUAUCAAAAACUAGAUAUGUAAAGAUCCAGGCCAGUUUCUAUUGGGGCUGCCACCUACAAAUAGAGUUAUGGAUGUAAGAAGAUCAAAAUUACUCAAUUAAUUCUUAUUUUUGGCAAGAAAAUGUAUACUAUUUAAUUAGACUAGUGACAAACCUCCCACUGUAACUCAGUAGUACAAUGAAGUUUUUAGAGUUGGCCAAAUAAAAAGGGAAUGAUGAUAGCUUUAUGGACACAUGGUGAACUAUACAGAGGGGAAACGGUAGUUUAGGAGGUCCCAGACUAAGCUGACUGGUGAUCAAAAAAUACUUUUUUUAAAAGUAAAAGGACACAUAUUUCCUAAAUUGAUGACACAUUGUUGUGUUGUUGUUGUUGGGGUUUUCAUCCUUUUGUUUUGUUUUCCUAUAUUUCCUUCAUGUUUUAUCCUUUUCUUGUCAUUUUCUACCUUAUUUAAAUUAAAAUGGUGUAUGGUUCUAUGUCAAUUCUGAAAAUGAAAUAAAAUCUGAUUCUUAAAAAAAAAAGUAGGAAACUAAGAUCACAGAUACUGUCAAACUCAAAAAUAAAGGCGAUUUUAAGAUAUUAGUCAACAGAAGGCCACCAAAGUACGCUUUGUGAGCUCAAACAAGUUUGUCCAAUAGAUUGCUCAUAGUCACUAUUUUAUGUGAACGACACCAAAGAGACGAUCACGAAACAAACUUUUCAUUGACAACAAAGUAAACAGAUCAUUUGCAUUGUUUUUGAGAAUAUGAAAUCACAAAUUGGACAUGAUGGUGCAGCUGUGACUGAAGUGACUUCAGAAAUAAAAUAAAAAAGAUAUUAAAAAUAUAAAUCUUGUACUCACCAAUGCAGCGACAGCUUUUUUGUAAAUAAAUAUGAAGACUCCAAUGGCUCUUCAGUACAGUUCAUCUGUGCAUUUCAGCUCUUGUUAGCUAAUGGAUCUCUGGGUUUAGCUCGAUAAUUUGCAAAGUACCGCCUUUCGGGUUCUCACGUACGCUUAUCCAAUCACAGGACGCUCCGGCAAGCCCCGCCCACAAACAGAAGCUCGCGCUCGUCCGUAUCGUUCCAAUUAAAUUCAGAUAUAAUGCAGAUAAAUACUUCAGAUCAUUACAAAUGGGGCCCAGUCAAGGUGAAAGUAAAAAGCACUGGUGCUACUGUAGAUGCCAACAGACUACCAGCAAACACAAUGUUUGCAGGACUUAUAAAGUGACAUAGUCCAGAACCCGAGGCAAACGGUUUAGCGGCGCUACAACACGCUACAGCAGGUCCCGUUUGACAAGAAACACUUCUGUUACAGACACUUGUCUUACUUUGUUAAAGCGGUUUACCUGUCCAGCAGAAAGGUUACAGGGUCCGGAAAAUCCAGAAGCGUCCCCCAUCGUUUAUGCUAGCUUCAUUGACAUUGACCUGGCUUCUUAGCUCUUGUCCGGUCUACCUCCGUUUUAACCGCCCGUUAUUCAACCAGUCUCCGGUAUUUACUUCGUUUUCUUGCUUGUGUCGACAGUCGAGGCCAAAGGAGGAUUCAGACAAUUUUCCGAACUUUCUGGUUGGUUUCUACUGUCCGAUAUUGUAGCACGCUAACUUUGUUCGACUCCUGAUCCUUAUUCGAGAAUGUAGGGCGUGCCUCACAACACGAGGAAGCAACGUCUGCCUCACAACCAAUCAGGUUGGAGGAGGUGGAGAGCUAGGAGUGCACCAUCACAAUUUUCUGACCGAUCAUCUAUCUUUAAAAAGCUCGACCUGCCAAUACCGAUUUCGGCCGAUACCUUUUAAUUUAUAAGCGACAACAUAAACCUUCAAUGCUCAAAUCUUAUUUUAAUAAAAAACAUUAAACAAUACUUGUGGAACAGUAAAAACAUUUUUGUGUUUGUUUUAACUGCACAUGAGGUAGUUCUCUCAAAUAUAAAUGAAAAGUUUAGAAUAUUUCUGUCCAAACUACUAAAUUAAAUCAGUUCCUUAAGUCUUUUAUUUUCCACAUUUUAAGAAUUAACAAUUCUUGCGGUCACACUGCAGGCCUGUUUUGAGCCUCUUACCAAAAUAUAGUGCACGUCAGUAGUUCGCUUUUACAAAUAAAGGAAAUCAGGCUUUGCUGUUUAAACAUCAGCAGUGUGUGACUCUGCAUCUUCUUGCUGAUUUAAGUAACGUCCUC